AUGCAGUCACCAACGAGCACGGAGUUUAAUGGUAUCAUAAGGCCUGCUUAUGGCACAAAAACUGUAUUAAAAGAAAAGUUUGUAGAAAUUUAUGAGAGUUUUUUUAAGGGUAAUGAUCCAUCAGCGGGUCAACCAAAUUUUUGGAGCGAAUUAUUUUUACUUAAAGUUAAUGUAGUAUAUUUAUCAAAAUGUCUUUCCGAAAUUUCUCAGGAUCAAUUGUUGGCCAUCAAAAAUAAUAUUAGCAAAUUAUUUUUAAAAUCAAUUGAAACCAUGAAAGAAGAAAGCGUUCAGAGAAAAAUAAAUGCUAUUGACACAUUGUGUGCGUUGCUUCAAGGAAUAUUUUCCAAGAGAUUUAAUAAUUUCUGUUUUGAAAUUAUUACUCUCUUGACCGGAUUAAAUAAUGCUGAUACCGUUUUUCCACAAUUUGUUGAUACAAUCAAGUGUUUAAUGAAUGAUGGCGAGACAGCGGAAGUCAAGUACGAGGCAUUAAGAUUAGCCAUUGUGGUUGUAUGCGGAAAUAGUAAUAUCAAUCAGAAUAGUUUAAAUGGAUAUUUCAUGAAAGAUGAUAUUUUCGAUCCUUUAAUUAAGAUAAUACUUGCGCCGGAAACAUCACACGUAGCAUAUGAAGCCAUUAUGUUAUUGGACAUCCUGGCAAAUUAUAAUAAGCACGAAUCAAAGAACCCUUAUUUAAUAAAAUUAAUUAAUAUUAAAAAUGAGGCCGUGUUUGAGAAAAUUAUGAAUGUAUUGGCAACAACUUGUGUCAAGUGUCGAAGCAAGUAUAUUGCUAUACAGGAUGAUGAUGAAGCUAACAAAUAUUUUGUUUCAUCCCUUGCUACAUAUGUUGGAUCCAUUUUAUCCUGGACUGGCAAUGGAACAAAGAAACUCUCAAAUGUUUCGGAUCCGGAAUUGGCAUUUGUUAGAUUGCCAUCUGCGAAUAUUUCAAUUCUUUUGGUAUUUUAUGAUUUGGUGAAUAAUAACAAACGAUUUGUUGAUCAUCUAGCAAAAUCCAUUAUAAAGUUUCCAAUUUCCGCAGAAUCCAAAGUCAAUGAGCGUGAUUCCACGACAAUUACCUCUUCUAUAGAAAUUAUUCGAGAUGGUCCAUAUUUUUGUGAUUUUCUUUCAAUUUCUUCAUAUCUUUUACAACACAAUCGUACUAACCGUACGGCAAGUUAUGCGAAUAUAAUAUUAUUGAUACUGGUAAUAUUAGUUGAGGAUUCGACAUUUAAUAAGGUUAUUUGUGAAGAUGAAAGGCGUUUUGUAGUUAGACUUUGCAGACAAAGGCCACCUUUGUUGCAAAAUGCAAAAUUUCCACGUCCUUUAGUAGGUGUUAUAUUGGAUGUCGUUAUUGGGUUCAUAAAUCAUAAUUUGAGAAGAAAAUUACAGACUGAUUUAUAUAGUAUGGCCUUAGGAGUCAUCCAUCGAAUAAUGUCAUUUCUCAAAAAGAAUUGCGUUAGAUUGCCGUAUCAUUGGUCAGAAAUAUGGCAAUCACUUAUUGGCUUAUUGAAAUUUAUACUUUCAAAUAUUGAACAUUUUCAACAAGAUCGAGAUUCAGUAAAUGAAGUUUUGCUUUCUGCGAUAAAUAUUAUUAAUCUAAGUGUUACAUUUGGUGAUGAUUUCUUCCCAGAUCCAAUUAGCUAUGAUAAUUUAUUUUACGAAAUUAUAAGAGCAAAAGAAACGUUUGAUGGUCUAAGUAGUAUAGUUAAUAAGACGAAUUUCACUAAGCCUGGGAGUCCGGCUAAAUCUGCAUUUCAAAAAACUGCGUCAUCAUCACAAUUUGAUGUUUUAUCAAAUAUCAAUACCAUUUGUACACAUUUCAGUUUAAAAAUUGAAGGUUGGAAAUUAGCCAAUAGAGUGAAAUCAAUAACUCCUGAGCAGGUUUACUCAAUUAUAAAUGCGAAUUAUGACACUUUGAAACUUAAUACGCCUGAAAAACUUGAUCAUUACACCCCUUAUAAUGAAAUACCGUAUCACGUUCCUUUAUUGAGACAAGUAUUAAGAGUGAUCGUAGAGGAUUUCAAAAGAAGGGAAGUUUUGAUAGAAUAA